GCCUGCCAGCUUGCUAGCUUGCCUGCCCGGCGCCACGCAAUAGAAGGCGCCAGGGGACGCGGAGCGGCGAGAGGCGCGCGGCCCCGGCCAGCUCUGUCUCCGGGGUUAGCGCUGCGGCCGUGGCGGAGGACGACGGUGACAAGGACGAGGGCCGCUCUCCCUGCUCCCUGCUUGCGGCGCCGCUCCGCUCUGCUGACCGGCCCUCGGGAGUGCAGGCUGGGAGGCGGGAUGGAGUGAUAGGGAAGAUGUUUGUGGAUUCUUCUGUGGGAUCAGAGGGCACGCCUAUUGUAAUCAGAAAACUCCAAGUAUAGCAGCAGGGAUGGAUGAACAGGCUCUUUUAGGGCUAAAUCCAAAUGCUGAUUCAGACUUCAGGCAAAGGGCCCUGGCCUAUUUUGAGCAGUUAAAGAUUUCCCCAGAUGCCUGGCAGGUGUGUGCAGAAGCUCUGGCCCAGAGGACAUACAGUGAUGAUCACAUUAAAUUUUUCUGCUUUCAAGUACUAGAACAUCAAGUUAAAUACAAAUAUUCAGAACUAACUACUGUUCAACAACAACUGAUUAGGGAGACACUCAUAUCUUGGCUUCAAGCUCAGAUGCUGAAUCCCCAACCAGAGAAGACCUUUAUACGAAAUAAAGCAGCCCAAGUCUUCGCCUUGCUUUUUGUUACAGAAUAUCUCACUAAAUGGCCCAAGUUUUUUUUUGACAUUCUCUCAGUAGUGGGCCUAAAUCCAAGGGGAGUAGAUCUAUACCUCCGAAUUCUCAUGGCUAUUGAUUCAGAGUUGGUGGAUCGUGAUGUGGUGCAUACAUCAGAGGAGGCUCGUAGGAAUACUCUCAUAAAAGAUACCAUGAGGGAACAGUGCAUUCCAAACUUGGUGGAAUCAUGGUACCAAAUCCUACAAAACUAUCAGUAUACUAAUUCAGAAGUAACAUGUCAGUGCCUUGAAGUAGUUGGGGCUUAUGUCUCUUGGAUAGACUUAUCCCUUAUAGCCAAUGAUAGGUUUAUAAAUAUGCUGCUAGGUCAUAUGUCAAUAGAAGUUCUACGGGAAGAAGCAUGUGAUUGUUUAUUUGAAAUUGUAAAUAAAGGAAUGGAUCCUGUUGAUAAAAUGAAACUAGUAGAAUCUUUGUGUCAAGUAUUACAGUCUGCUGGUUUUUUCAGCAUUGACCAGGAAGAAGAUGUUGACUUCCUGGCCAGAUUUUCUAAACUGGUUAAUGGAAUGGGACAGUCAUUGAUAGUUAGCUGGACUAAAUUAAUUAAGAAUGGGGAUAUCAAGAAUGCUCAAGAGGCACUACAAGCUAUUGAAACAAAGGUGGCACUGAUGUUGCAGCUCCUAGUUCAUGAGGAUGAUGACAUCUCUUCUAACAUUAUUGGAUUUUGUUAUGAUUAUCUUCAUAUUUUGAAACAGCUUACAGUGCUCUCUGAUCAGCAAAAAGCUAAUGUAGAGGCAAUCAUGUUGGCCGUUAUGAAAAAAUUAACCUAUGAUGAAGAAUAUAACUUUGAAAAUGAGGGUGAAGAUGAAGCCAUGUUCGUAGAAUACAGAAAACAACUGAAGUUAUUGUUGGACAGGCUUGCUCAAGUUUCACCCGAGUUACUGCUGGCUUCUGUUCGAAGAGUUUUUAGUUCUACCCUGCAGAAUUGGCAGACUACAAGGUUUAUGGAAGUUGAAGUGGCAAUAAGAUUGCUCUAUAUGUUGGCAGAAGCUCUUCCAGUAUCUCAUGGUGCUCACUUCUCAGGUGAUGUUUCAAAAGCUAGUGCUUUGCAGGAUAUGAUGCGAACUUUGGUAACAUCAGGAGUUAGUUCCUACCAGCACACAUCUGUGACAUUGGAGUUCUUCGAAACUGUUGUUAGAUAUGAAAAGUUUUUCACAGUUGAACCUCAACACAUUCCAUGUGUACUGAUGGCUUUCUUAGAUCACAGGGGUCUGCGGCACUCUAGUGCAAAAGUACGGAGUAGAACUGCUUACCUGUUUUCUAGAUUUGUCAAAUCUCUGAAUAAACAAAUGAAUCCUUUCAUUGAGGAUAUUCUGAAUAGAAUACAAGAUUUAUUAGAACUUUCUCCACCUGAGAAUGGUUACCAGUCUUUGUUGAGCAGCGACGAUCAAUUAUUUAUUUAUGAGACAGCUGGAGUGCUGAUUGUUAAUAGUGAGUACCCAGCAGAACGGAAGCAGGCAUUAAUGAGGAAUCUGUUGACUCCACUCAUGGAGAAGUUUAAAAUUCUGUUAGAAAAAUUGAUGCUGGCGCAGGACGAAGAAAGGCAGGCAUCUCUUGCAGACUGUCUCAACCACGCUGUUGGAUUUGCCAGUCGAACCAGCAAAGCUUUCAGCAACAAGCAGACUGUGAAACAGUGUGGCUGUUCCGAAGUUUAUCUGGACUGUUUACAGACGUUCUUGCCAGCCCUCAGUUGUCCCUUACAAAAGGAUAUUCUCAGAAGUGGGGUUCGCACGUUCCUUCAUCGCAUGAUUAUAUGCCUGGAGGAAGAAGUCCUCCCGUUCAUUCCAUCUGCUUCAGAACACAUGCUCAAAGAUUGUGAAGCAAAAGACCUCCAGGAAUUCAUUCCUCUUAUCAACCAGAUUACAGCCAAAUUUAAGAUACAGGUAUCCCCAUUUUUACAACAAAUGUUUAUGCCUCUUCUUCGUGCAAUUUUUGAAGUUUUGCUCCGACCAGCAGAAGAAAAUGACCAGUCUGCUGCUUUAGAGAAGCAGAUGUUGCGCAGGAGUUACUUUGCUUUCCUGCAAACAGUCACAGGCAGUGGAAUGAGCGAAGUCAUAGCAAAUCAAGGUGCAGAGAAUGUAGAACGAGUGUUGGUAACUGUUAUUCAAGGAGCAGUCGAAUAUCCAGAUCCAAUUGCCCAGAAAACGUGUUUUAUCAUCCUUUCCAAGUUGGUAGAACUCUGGGGAGGUAAAGAUGGACCAGUGGGAUUUGCUGAUUUUGUUUAUAAGCACAUUGUCCCCGCAUGUUUCUUAGCACCUUUAAAACAAACCUUUGACCUGGCAGAUGCACAAACAGUAUUGGCUUUAUCUGAGUGUGCAGUGACGCUGAAAACAAUUCAUCUCAAACGGGGCCCAGAAUGUGUUCAGUAUCUUCAACAAGAAUACCUGCCUUCCUUGCAAGUAGCUCCAGAGAUAAUUCAGGAGUUUUGCCAAGCGCUUCAGCAGCCUGAUGCUAAAGUUUUUAAAAACUACUUAAAGGUGUUUUUCCAGAGAGCAAAGCCCUAAGGACUGGAUCUCCCUGUGCCUACUCCAUGAUCAGGAAUUCCAGUUAAUAAUUUAUAAAGAAACAGUUGCUGUGUGCCAUUCACACUGGUCUUUUUAACACUGCUUUGAGCUUAUUGCAGUAUAUGCUUUGGGAUUUUUCUGUAAAAUGGGUGUAAUUUUCCCUAAAUUACUGGUAUGUGACAACUAGAGAAGUUGCUUGCAUGCCAAUUCAAAUCGUUCUAUAUAAAAAUGCUGUUAUAAGAUACAGCAGUUAUCCUAGUACCUUUUUUUUUAACUUGAAAAUUUAAGUCCUUUAUAAAGACCAUAGCAGGAAAACUGUACUUUUUUUUUAAUUGCUGAAUAUAAAAUGUUUGAAAAUUUUAAUUUUCUUUUAUGUGUGCAGACUCAUCAAGUAUGGGGGAAAUACAACAAAUCAAAACUAAUUUUUUGUAGAUAGCCAUUACAUUUCUUUAAACUGUUUCAAUGCCAAUGUGUAUUCUACAAAAGAGAAUGGUUUCAUAAAUUAACUGAUUGAAGAGUAGGUGCUGGUGUUAUACAUUUUUUAUAAAAAAAAAAAAGGAAAUAAAUUUUACGUAGUGAAA